GUGAAGUCCUAGUUUUUGUGUAAUUAUAAGUUAAAGAAGGACGCGACGAGUCAAUAUGUCUGGCCUGGAAAAAUUUCAAGACACUCCGGCUUGGCGUCAGAAAUUGCUCAACCAUUUGCUUCUGGAUCGGCCAGCACCUGCCGCAUCGAAACCCCAACGAGAAUCAAUGGAGCGCCGCCACAGCUUAGACAUUGUCCUGGACUUUAAGGCAUUGAUGCAGGCGCGCAAGGCCCAGCUGGAGGAUCGGCAGCAGCGCGAGAAUCACACAACCACCUCGGCCAUAUGUCCAAGCGUCAAAACCGAAAGCAUGCACCAAGUCCUCAACGAAACGCAGCAACAAAAUGCCGACGAGAGUUUCGAUGCACUCGAACGCAUGUGCGAUAAAACCGGCUCCGAUCCUGAUAGCACUCUCUUUCAAUACCUGAACAGCGAUGAUAAGGAGAAGGUGUUGGCCUUGGCCAAGGAGCGCAGCACUCGUGCUGAUAAUUCUAGUGAUAUGGAAAUGUGUGCACUGCGUCGCAUGCUGGACGAUGUCGGAGACCAGGAUCAGCUGUGUAACGAAAGUCCACUAAAGAGUGCUGAGUGUACGCAGUUGGAGGAUAUCGAGGCGCCAUCUCGCUUGUGGGAUAAUGAUUUCACAAUCAAUGGCAACGAUUCUGUUUUUCAAGCAAACGCACAGACGUCGCCUGUAAAAAUGGUCGGAUUGAUGCGACCCUCAACCAUAUUGGAGGCCAACGAGGCCGACCUGACGGCCGACCUGCAAUCCGAUGGAUCGUCGUCGCACAACAGCAGCAGCUUUAUGACCGCGCACACCCUGAAAACGGCUCAAAGCAGCGAAACAAUUGCCUCUGGUUCGAGCUGCUACGAGACGGCCGGUGACAAUUCGUUGGCCAGCAGCUCGAAGGAGGCAACAACGUUGAGCGUUGAUGAUUUGUUUUAUGCGGCCAUUGCCAAGGCCAAGCCGCAUGGCAUGUCCAAGGGCGAGCAGCAAGAGCUCUUGGGCGAUUUACAUGAAACUCUAAUGGAUCUGGCGGUCAACGAUGCAGCUGACAGCACGAUUAUCGAAUUGUCUUCGUCCGGCGAGGAGGAGGAGGACGAGGAUCAGGCUGUGAAAGAGGGCAACGACCUCAAUGCCGAUAUUAAACAAGAGGAAUCUUCCUUAAUUGAUUCAGAAGCCGAAGAAGAAGACAAGGAGAACAAGUCAAUACAUUUGAAUGGCACCAUGGAGGAAAUGGAGUAUAUGAUGCAAAAGGCACGCGAAUAUAUGGCUGCCAAGGAGACAUCGCCAUCGCCAUCGCCAGCCAAAACCACAUCAGAUCCUGAUGUAAUCCAUUUGCAUAGGAAACUGCCCAAGCAGAAUACAUUUUUGAUGACGCCCCAAAAAGGAGCCUCAUCGCCGCUUCACCAAGGCGCCAGCUCCAAGCUGCCAACUGGCCCUUGCAAAUCGCGCUAUGCCAUAAAUAUGGAUCCGCCAAAAACCAAGUUCUUCAAGCAACCUUCGGCCAUACCAAUGCGACGCGAAUUGAAAGUCCAAAGAGAUCAUUUUGCACACAUUGUUAGUCCCAUUCGCACCUAUACACAAAAGUCGGGCACCGCCCCACUGAUGAGCAUGUUCCGGGAAAAGCCGAACAUCAACGAUGUAUUCAACAAGAUGAGCAUCAAGGAAUUGGAGGAGGAGUCACGUCUGUGCCAAUUGAAGCGCGGACAGACAGUUGCAUCUGACAAUUGCAACCUAUCGAAGCUAACUCCCGGCUGCAUUGAUCCUGCUGCUCGAUUGCUGCCCAAGAAGGCAUACAUUUCGUCUGAGCUGAAGCAGGUCGUUGAUGAACGCACACCAAUGCCGAUGCCGAAUGUGCCGAAAAUACAAAAGUAUCUGGAUUCGGCUGUGGAGCCGACGGUGCUGCGCCACGAUGGCAAGAUGAAAUUGCCCACCCAGAGCAACAGCAGCAGCAGCAGGAAUACAUCGCACAUACCACGCCGUCCCAAUCAGAGUCUUGCCGAUCUGUCGCUUGCCUCGGGCGACAUCUCGCUGUACACACUCAAGGAUGCUCAAAAGUUUUAAUUAUUAUUGAUAAACACAA